UUUAUGGAAGUGAUGAUUGUGCGUGUGGUUGAUCAUGCAUGCAAUUCCACCAGUCCACCCUUUCGACAGAGCGCAGCACAAAGAGCAGGGUGCUGCUGCUACAGAAUGAUCGCUGCUGCACGCAAUUGCUUCCAGUGCAAGGAAGAAGGCAAAGAGGCUUGUCAUGAGCAGGCAAAGGAAGACCACCGCAUGCUUCCGACUUGAGAUGAAAUUGCUUCUGCGAGUAGCGGAACAAGAGUGGAUAACGGUGGGUACCUACUUUUUCUGUCUGCGGGGUCCAGAUGACAGAUUCAAAGAGCUGCGGGAAGCCAUUAAGAUAUGUCUUUCGUUUCGACCCUCACUCAAACGACCCUGGCAUCAGCUAAGCCGCCACGACUAGGUUGUACUGGUGCCGGGAGUUCGAGUAAGGCCAAGGGUCUGUUCGUAAUAUCACCAACAACGCACUUAAUCCUACCUCAUUUUCUGGACCUUUUGUUCUUUCCUCUCUAUCGCUCUGGGAUUCUACUAUUGGUAGCCUUCUUCUGCUUCUGCGAGAUAUGUGCCGCAAAUACAUUCCAGCAGGACGGUGUGGUGAUACUGGACUUGCUUCUCCUAGAGUUCGGCAAGGUCCUUGAGGACGGAUCCACACCCGGGAUCGAGGAAAGCCUGGUCAUAUGGUUCUCGGUAUUGCGGGCCCCUUAAGGUGUGGUUCGAGCCGCAGUAGAAAACACCGGGGAAACAGC